AGAGAGUGAAUAACUACACCCCCCUAAAAAGGCUCUUGCUAGGAAAUUUCCUGGAAACCUCCUUGACAUCAAUGGCAUCCAUCUUCCCCCUUCUUAACCUCCCUCAUCUUCCCUUCACUUUCCCUUCAUCUUCAUCCUCUUCUUCCCCAACUACUCCCUACAUUUUCUCUCUCCUCUUUUCUCUUCCCUACAUUUUCUCUCUCCUCUUUUCUCUCUUCUCCAACCAUGAAGCAACUCUUGAAAUCCAUCAACCCAAAACAAAUUUUCCGCCUUAAGAAGCCAAAGUCAUCUUCCACCAUUACCAAAUCCGAGCCACCGUCUUUCGGUUCUUCGUCUUACUCCUCCACCUCGUCCUCCGAUUCUCCUUCCUCCGCUACCCAUCACCACCGCUCUGGUCCAGCCCCGGCUAGAACCCAAUCGGAGGAUAUCUCCCUUCGGUCCGACGCCUGGACUGAGGAAGCUUUCAAGAUGAUCGACCUUGACGGGGACGGGAAAAUCACUCGCGUAGAACUACACUCACUUUUCAAGCGCGUAAGAGUAAACGCACCGUCGUUGAGUGAGGAGGAGGUUGCUGCGAUGAUCAAAGAAAUUGAUAUCGACGGAGACGGUUGUAUCAGCUUAAAAGAGCUGGAGGCCGUUGGAUCUGCGCUUGAUCCAACGUCUGCCAAUGAAGAAGAUCUUAAGGGCGCGUUUGAUUUCUUUGAUACAGAUCAUGAUGGUAAAAUAUCAGCGAGUGAGCUGCACUCGGGGUUUUUUGCGUUGGGAGAUGAACGGUGCACGUUAGAUGACUGCCGGCGCAUGAUAGAAGGUGUGGAUAAGACUAAAGAUGGGUUUGUUUGUUUUGAGGAUUUUUGCCGUAUGAUGAGCUUGCCUAGAUAAAUUAAAUUUCCUUAAUUUUAUCUUAAUUUUUUUUUUAGAGGGGCUAAAAAAGGGAAUUUAAUUUCAUCGUUAUUAAUAUUAUGAUUAAGGGGUUAGAUUGAACUGUUAAGGAACUUGAUUCGAUCACCAGCUUUGUUGCGUUACCGUACAUAUUGAAAUUGAAAUGAAAUCUUCCCUAUCAUCAAUGUUAAUUAUAAAACUUGUAUUAAUGUAUUAUAUGAUAGUUUAAUUAUAAAACUCGUAUUAAUGAUA